AGUCAGCGCUGACCACAACUUGCAUGCCUUCUGCAGCGCAACUCUGAAGAGAUCUGUCUUCUCGAGCAACUUUCCGAGUUUGGAGCAACACAUGAUCUGUCUAGUUGGAAACAGUGAAUAGAGGGCCGCUGCCGGCGACAAGUAAUGGCUCCGAUCGGACACAAUUUGGCCUUCGGUGUUUCUCUACUGUUUUCAUGCUGCUGCGUCGCCAAGGCGGUGGUCACGUUCUCGCUGGACGGGCAGUGGAGAGCCGUGAACACUAACAAGUCCAUAAAAAUUGCUGCCACCGUUCCUGGAGGUAUAUACACAGACCUGAAGAGGAGUGGCAUCAUUGGCGAGCCUUACUAUGGCUUUAACGACGAGCGGUACGCAUGGGUCGGCUACGAGAACUGGACAUUCGCAAGGCGUAUUGAUGUACCUGAUGCGUUAUUCAAACAAGAGCGCCUGUCCCUUGUGGCUCACGGCAUCGACACUGUGUGCAGGGUAAAGCUGAACGGCGUCGUUUUGUUCGACGCUGAGAACAUGUACGUUCGGUACACAGCCGACGUCAAGGAUAUUCUUCAUCGUCAAAGAAAUAUCAUCAAGGUGAGCUGCGAGUCCCCGGUGCUGUACGCCCUACGCAAGCACGAGGAGCAGGUGCGCUCCUCGUACCCAGUGUACCCGUUGUGUCCUCCGUCGGUGCAGAAUGGCCAGUGCCACGUCAACUACAUUCGCAAGAUGCCAUGCUCCUUCAGCUGGGACUGGGGACCGUCUUUUCCCUCUACCGGAAUCUGGAAACCAAUUGAAAUUCAAGGAUAUAGUGGAGUUAAAAUCAAGGACAUAUCAGUGGCGCCCUUCCUUAAAGAUCGUCUCAGCAAACCGCAGAAAUGGAUACUAAACGUGACUGUAUUUUACGAUUCGGCCAUGAGCGAGACAAGUAAUGGCAGUGCAUGGAUUGGCUUGGACGAAGCAGCCCUUUUAAGCCAGCCGGUGACCCUAAAGACACACACGGCUCGAGAUGCGAGGCUGGACUUUUCGAUUGUGAUACCCGACGAAUUGAAAAUUGAACAAUGGUGGCCAUCUGGCUAUGGUGACCAGAAAUUGUAUAACCUAAAUGUGACAAUCUUCGCCAACGGAGAAGCCGCAACAAAGACCGCGAGGUUUGGCUUUAGAACAGUAGAGAUAAACCAAGACUAUACGGGUACUGUGACUGAUGGAACAGAAUUUUUUUUCGAGAUCAACGGAGUCCCUAUCUAUGCCAAGGGUAGCAACUGGAUACCAGCGGACAUCUUUCCCGAAAGGGCAACAAACGAAUACGUUCGUGAUUUACUUCUUUCCGCAAAGGAGGCGAACAUGAAUAUGCUUCGCGUGUGGGGCGGUGGCGUGUACGAGACGGACUACUUUUAUGACCUGGCCGACGAGCUGGGAAUUCUCAUCUGGCAAGACAUGAUGUUUGCCGUCAGCCUCUACCCUGUGGGCACUGACUUUCUUCAGAACGUGGCUACCGAAGUACGGCAGCAGGUACGGCGUCUGCACCGACACCCAUCGAUCAUCGCCUGGGCGGCCAAUAAUGAAAACGAGCAGGCUAUCGCUUCUGCGUGGUGGCCUCAGACGCUCCUAAGAAUAUUCCAGUAUCGAAAAGAUUAUCGGACACUCUACAUCGACACCAUGAUGCCUGUCAUUCAGAAGGAAGAUGAAUCGCGCCCUUUCCUCUCGUCAAGCCCAAGCAACGGGAGAAUGACAUCGAAUAAAACCUGGAUAUCGUCGAGCCCGAACAGCUUGUAUAACGGUGACAUGCACUACUACAAUUACCUGUCCAAUGCGUGGGAUCCCUUGACGUUCCCGAUCUCAAGAUUUGUGUCCGAGCACGGCUUGCAGUCGUACCCUUCGAGAGACACCCUGCUGCCUGUCAUGCCGAGCUCCAUGAUCAAGUACCCGUUCCCCAUCCUUUUGAGCCGCAGGCAGCACCAGCGCUUAGGAGACAUAUAUGUGAAACACGCCAUUUCGGAUCACUUUAAAUUUACUGGCCUCUAUCUCACCUUCUGGAUCCAAAAUUCAAGCAAGGCAUACGACAUGGUAUCAUAUUUGAGCCAGAUCAACCAAGCGAUGGGCAUGCGGAACGCCGCCCAGACGCUUCGACGCUGGAGAAGUUUCAUAGGUCCUGAGGGUCAAGGCCACAACAUGGGAUUUCUGUAUUGGCAGCUGAACGACAUAUGGCAGGCACCGUCGUGGGCUUCCAUAGAAUAUGGUGGCCGGUGGAAGAUGGUGCAUUACUUCGCGAAGAGGUUCUUUAGUCCCGUCAUAGUGGUUCCCUUCAUUUCCCACGGGAACAGUCAACUGAAGGUGUUCGUCGUCAACGACAAGCUGGAACCCGUGGACGGAGCAGUUCUUUCAAUAACUCAAUACAUGUGGACCUCUUUCACGCCGGUUGCUACAACCACGAUUAACGUUACGCUGGCUGCAGCCGCGUCGACGGACGUGUACUCGAACAAGAUGCAGUACGAAUGGAAGCAGGACGUGUGCGAUUCUGUCAACUGCUUUCUUUGGUUCACGCUCACCGACCCUCACAGUCAAUCUGCGCUGGCGCCCGACAAUUUCCUACUGCUGGAAGAGCCCAAAAACCUUGUGCUACCGCAAGCUUCAAUAUAUGUUAUGCAGGUGAGUGGGCCUACGUCAUCUACCUCGAUGCCCGGCUUCAAGGUCUUCGAUGUUCAACUUCAGGCCGACAACAUCGCCUUGUUUGUGUGGCUAAACGCUCAUCACGUUAGCGGCCACUUCUCCGACAACGGGUUCCUGUUGAAGGACCCGAGGACUACAGUGCAAUUUUACACCCGCCAGAACGUGACCGCAGCUGAGAUCGAAGAGGCUCUUACGGUCAACUCACUCAAGGACUACUCGAGUGUCUAACGCUAACCAAAAGGUGUGAAGUGGGAGAGCGCAUUUACUUAGCACAAAUGCUGCAGCGCAUGACGUACUUAAUAAUUAAGUUAAAUCACGCCCGGAAGCUGCUACUCACCCAGUCGUGUGGAGUGUAAGUUAUUGUUGUGGAUAACCACUAAGGCGUAUUGAUAACGCGAAAUUCGCGGGCAUCUGCCUUUAAUCCCCAUCAUGGCGGAGUGUUACGACGACAAACGUUUUCUCAGUCCCAACGACUUCACCGAAUACUUCAGUGAUGUUAAAAGGCUAUUUUGAAUCCGUGUUCUCUAGUUUCAAAAUUUACUUCGCGUGGUCAGAGUCGUAUUCCGGCAACUGCAGCAUGCCUGAAAGCGUAGUUAGCGUAAUUAGGCUGCGUGUCUCUGUGGACGGCUUCCACAAGUGUUAAUUCAGUUACCUUUGCUGGUAAAGCUUAGGUAUGCCGUCAAUUGCGCCACGUUGUCUGGGAAAGUUUUGACAAAGCGCUGCACAACAUUAUGGAUGGUCUGCAAGCUGCUUCAAGGCGAAAGAGCAAGUUCUUUUUUCGGGAGAUGGUUGCGACAUGCUAGAGUUGUUCUCUAGCGAGUGCUGUUCACCUGAAAGCACACUCUAAGUGCUGUAAAUUCUGGUUUUGUUAAAGUUCUUGCGAACGAGCACCACAUUUUAGAGAAGCUUACAACUGUGCUAACCAUUCUUUCUUAUAAAGUUUGAACAACGUUAUCGAUUUCUUCACAAUAAAUAAAAGAACUUCAUUACA